GACAUCAUACCCCGCACCGCUUGCCAUCACCACACCCAACCCAUUUUCACAACAUCUCUGAUUGCUUUCUGAAGGCUAGUCUUGCAAUUCAACUGGCCCUGCCCUUCUAUUCUGCUUUCUCUCCCACUCCCGCCACAUUCCCAACCACAUCGCUGUUUCGAUUUAUUUUCGCCUCCUACAUCCUUCGAUCUGCAUACCGGUCUCAGAACUCCCUCGAGUUUGCUGCCGACAAAGGACCUCCCCACCGAAUCGACUGAACCGGUCUCGCACUACCAAGAUACAUCAUUCCGUCGGGGUCCCGUUCAGCAGCUCACUGUAGCGUGGAGGCCGUCCUUCACCUACGCUCACGACAACCGCAACCAUGGUGGACUCAGAACCUGGCUCGCCAACAUGGAAGUUUACACAGUGCUUCGGAGACAAGGGCGAUGUGGAGGAUAUCACGGAAGCUGAUAUCAUAUCGACCGUCGAGUUUGACCACACGGGAAACUACCUGGCGACUGGCGACAAGGGUGGUCGGGUAGUGCUCUUUGAGCGCAACGAGACUAAAAAAACCUGCGAGUACAAGUUCCACACCGAGUUCCAAUCCCACGAGCCCGAAUUCGACUACCUCAAGUCUCUCGAGAUCGAAGAGAAGAUCAACAAGAUCAAAUGGUGCCGCCGACAGAACGCUUCCCACUACCUCCUGUCUACCAACGACAAGACGAUCAAGCUAUGGAAAGUCUUUGAGAAAUCCCUGAAGGUGGUGGCCGAGAACAACCUCUCGAGCGAGGCCACGCCGGGCGGAAUUGCAGGCGGUGGCGGCGCCCCGCGGGCGCUACCCAGUGCUAUCAAGAAUGCGGGUGAUCUCAAGCUGCCUCGUUUGACACAUCACGACACGGUCGUCGCAGCUGUUCCCCGGAAGACAUACGCGAACGCCCAUGCCUACCACAUCAACAGCAUAUCCGUCAACAGCGAUGGGGAGACGUUCAUUAGCAGUGACGAUCUCCGCAUAAAUCUGUGGAACCUCAACAUUCAGGACCAGAGUUUCAAUAUCGUGGACAUCAAGCCCGCGAAUAUGGAAGAGCUUACGGAGGUCAUCACAGCUGCUGAGUUCCACCCCAUGAGCUGCAACUGGUUCAUGUAUGCGAGCUCCAAGGGCACAAUCAAGCUAGCGGACAUGCGUGAGAGCGCACUCUGCGACCAACACGCCAAGCUGUUCGAGCAAGAGGAGGAUCCAUCGGCGAGGUCCUUCUUCUCAGAGAUCAUCUCGUCAAUCUCAGACGUGAGGUUCUCGUACGAUGGCAGAUACAUCCUCUCCAGAGACUACCUGACCGUCAAGAUCUGGGACGUCAACAUGGAAAGGCAACCGGUCAAGACGAUUCCAAUCCACGAGCAUCUCCGGCCCCGGCUCUGCGAUACAUACGAGAAUGACAGCAUUUUCGACAAAUUCGAGGUUGUGUUCUCUGGCGAUGCCAAGAACGUGAUGACCGGCAGCUACAAUAACAACUUCAUGAUCUACCCGUCCGACCCGGAGAAGGAGGUGGAGGUUGUGCUACAGGCAGACAAGUCAGCCUUCAAGGCCAAGAAGGUUGGCGUGCCGACACCAAUCAACUCCUCAACAAGCCCUACUGCCAAUGGGGGCAAGAAGAAUGGGUCCCGAUCUGGCAGCCCUGCAGGUGCACAGAGAAUGCGCAAGGAGACAGAUGCAGACCAGAUCGACUUCAACAAGAAGAUCCUGCACAUGAGCUGGCAUCCAUUUGAGGACAGCAUCGCAAUUGCAGCCACAAACAAUCUGUUCGUUUUCUCGGCAUUGUAAACAUCUAGCAUACAAUCAUCGUCAUUUGAUGCGCCUAGCAAAAUUCCUUCAUCUGCCUUGGCUGUGUGCCACUGGGGUCCCCAACCUGCUCUCUCACGACUUUCUCAUCCUCUCCCUCUCGCGAUUCCCACUUACCGUUCAAACAUAUUGGCUCCUCCAGUGGAACUCAGCGUGGCAAUGAAUUUGGCAAUACUUGUUGGACUCUGUCACUGAUGCUCAGAGCCUGCAUGGAAGGUGAUAGAACUCGGCAAUCUGAGGCCGGGCAAGGGGAGGUUGUGUAAGCCCAGCUCUACAGCAUGCACCUGGAAGAAACACAACAGGUGCUGCUGGGGUGCUGCUGUGGCGAGGAGGGGGCUGGAGAAGGCAGAUGCAUUAGAGCUGGUGGAGAGGCAAAACAAGUCUGUUUGGCAUAGAGCCUCCUUCAGCCCACAGAAGACAAGAGACAUGAUUAGAAAGACUGGUUGUUUAAAAAGUGAUGAUAUAUGCUGUG